AUGUGGAACACUCAGGAUGAGGACUCUGACGACGAGUCCGUCAUGCGGUUCCGCACAGGGAACUACAGACGACCCAGCACAGCAAUGUCGAUCAACACGCUGGCUUCUCGCGACACGGCAGCCGACAUCAGCGAGUACACUCGUCAACGACGCACCUCUGAGCAGUCGACAGCACCCGCACGCAUAGGCAGAUCACAAGAGGAUCAUGGGUGGUCUAGCCAUCCGUCAGGACUGCAGGCGCAGAAUGAGAGACACCAUCUGCGCGCUCUCAAAGACGCCAACAUCACCCUCGAUACGACGAAUGUACCUCAGGCGCUACUGCGUGGACUCAGCAUCCGCAAGCUCAAGCCCAACGAGGACGGAACGGCAUACUAUUGCGAGCCCGGCGGAUUGAUGCCCACCAUCAUUCCAGAGGACCAGUCGCCUGUCACCCCGACGGCUUCGGUCGCGGGCUCACUCUACAGAGGCUCGCGAGGUCGUGCAAAUGCGAGACCCUACCGACCUCCUUUUGCGCCUGCGGAAGAUCUACUGACGACGGAGCCCGUCAGUGAGGCUCCUCGGCGUGGAUUCAGCCUUGUCGACCCUGGCGUCGUCCCUCGUCCUCAUGCAGACGGCCCAACAGCGGCCGAAACGACAGAAGUCAGCGGAGACGGGAUCACAAGGAAAAAGUCGCUCAAGGAUCGACUUGCUCGCGGCGUCUCACUGCAUCGACGGAAGCGUUCCUCAUCUGCACCUCCUAUGCCAACUGUACCUCUCGCGAGCCCCAGCAGUUUGAUUGAUUCGCCCCCACCUGGCAGGGAUAACAGGCUGUCACGCUCUAGCAGUGUGAACCAGAGCUCGCCGCGAGACGAAGGUGCUACCGGCGAAUUCAAAGGGUUCGUCCGAAAGCUCAGUCGAAAGAGACCGUCAGCGCGUCGAGCUCAAACGCUUCCGACUGUGCCCGAGUUCAAACCAGCGCCCAUUUUGACACCCAUCAAGCUGCAUCCGCCACCUGCUGUUCUUGGCCUGCAAGCAAUCCCGCUGAGCUCGUUUGCGCCUCUGCCGGCUGUGCAACCCAAGGCAGCGUCUACGCCCUCAGAUUGCAGGCAGACAGCCUCACCCGCAUCUGACCGCAGGGUUGCACGCCCGCGAUCGCGCAAUCCCUAUACAGACUCCUGGGCAUCCGAUUCGUAUGCGUCUGAAGAGCUCAAGCUCUGGCCGACACGAGACGAGGAGCAGACCCCUUAUAUACUCACACGCACUCGCGCUUGA